UAAAGGCUGAUUCCUAAUUGCGUAUGUAAUCAUGUUAAGGUUUUGUGCAAUAGAUAUCUGUUGAUAUCUGAUUUUGAAAACAAUCAGAAAAAUGUUAUUAAUUCAGAAUUCCUGAUUAAAUUUAUAAAAAUUGUAUGAUACGUCGUAUGAAGGGUAAACUGUAACAAUGUCGAAUUGUCGAAGAAAAGUAGUGUUGUGUAAAGGAAACAAGGAGAAGAAUGAGAGUGCAUAUAUUAAAGAAUUUGAAUCUGCUGGCUACAUUUGCGACCAUUUGCCAGUACUCCGAUUUAACUUUGUAAAUCAGCAAGAAUUGCAAACACAUUUGCAGGCCUGGCACCGAUACUCGGGUCUUAUACUAACUAGCACUCGAUCUGUAGAAGCUGUUGCUCUGGCAUUGAAGCAAGUAGAAGAGACCAAUGUUGAACAAUGGCAGAGCUUUCCGACAUUUUGCAUUGGGCCAGCAACGGAAGCAUUGGCAAUAAAUUGUGGAUUUAAAAAUUGUAUGGGCAGGAAUUCUGGAAAUUCUAAAGAGCUGGCUAAAGAAAUAGUUACUAAGAACUGCAGAGAUUCUAAGCCUUUAUUCUAUCCAUGCAGUGAAAUUGCUCGAGAUACUUUGACAGAACUUCUUGGUGAAAGAGGAAUUUUGGUACAUAAACUUGUUGUCUAUCAAACAUUACCGAGUGAAACUUUACAAAAUGAUUUGUCAAGUAUUAUUGAGGCAAGACCUCAGAUAUUUAUAUUCUUUAGUCCAUCAGUAGUAGAAUAUGUCAUUACUGCAUUGAAAACAAUGGGUAUUGCCUUAAAGGAAUUAAAAGCUGUUGCAGUAGGUCCUGUAACAGAAGAAGCUUUAAAAAAUGCAGGAAUCCAAAUUCAUGCAGUUUCUGAAAAACCUGAGCCAGUAGCAUUACUCGAAGCUAUUUUAAAAUUAGUAGAUGAGGAAAAAAGUGUAACUAGCUAACAAGAAACUUUGUUAUUUUUGUUAUUGUUUUAUUGUCUAAUAUAAUGUUAUGUUGUUCAUUGUUUUUUAAUAUAAUAAUAUUGACAAAUUUAAA